AUGUCUGAUAUUCAAAAGGAAAAGGUCGAAGAACACGAACAACCACACAUUCACAAGAUCAGAAUGACCUUGACCUCCACCAAGGUCAAGGAGUUGGAAGAAGUUUCUUCUAACAUCGUUAAGAACGCUCAAGCUUCCAACUUGGUCAUGAAGGGUCCAAUUAGAUUGCCAACUAAGGUUUUGAAGAUCUCCACCAGAAAGACUCCUAACGGUGAAGGUUCUAAGACCUGGGACACUUACGAGAUGAGAAUCCACAAGAGAUACAUCGACAUGCAAGCUCCAGCUCAAAUCGCUAAGAGAAUCACUCAAUUGGCUGUUCAACCAUCUGUUGACAUUGAAGUUACCAUUGCUGCUUAA